AUGGACAACAAAACACUCGCCUCGCGCCUACGGGAGCUCGUCAAGUUCCUUGGCACAGUUAAAGGUGACCUCGCGAAUGUCACCGGCCCCCCUUCUCUCCUCGCGCCCUCCUCCGUCGUCGAACUAGCCUACUGUUGUGCCGAACGCCCAUCCGUCUUCGCUGCCCCUGCUCUCGAACCCAACCCUGAGAACCGCGCGCUCCUCGUCUUGCGCUGGUUUCUCAUUACCCUACGCAGCCAGCUCUAUGUCGGCGUUGACCACUACACCGCUGUGACAACGGGGACGGCCACGGGUGACGGCACCAAAUCCCACAAGGCGCCCACGACCUCGAUCCGUAAACCGCUCAACGCCUUCUUGGGCGAGCUAUUCCUGGCCUCUUGGGUCGACGAGGCGGCUAAGUGCACGACCAAAUUGGUUUCCGAGCAAGUGUCGCACCACCCACCCAUCACGGCGAUGCACGUACAGGAUCACGACCACGGCGUGCGGGCCGACGGGUAUACGCGCGUUGAGAUGACGUUCAAUGGCAACGUCAACAUUCGGCAGAUUGGGCACGCCACGCUACACAUCGACCGCCACGACGAAGAUUACCUCCUGCCGCUUCCAGACGUCAAGGUGCGCGGGUUCUUGUCCGGUUGCCUGUACCCGGAGAUGUCGGGGACAUACCACAUCGUCGGCAGUAACGGGUUCAUUACGGAGCUUCGGUUCUGGGGCGAAGGUAUGCUUCGUGGAAAGCGCAACUCGUUUGAGGCCAAGGUGUACCGCAGCAGGGAGGACAAGGAGAAAAAGAAGGCCGCGCUCUACGAAGUCAUCGGGUGCUGGAACGAAGGGUGGACCGUCAAGGACUGCCGAACGGGGGAGGUUCUGGAGAAGUACGAAGUGGACGCUCCGGAGAACGACCCACUGCCGAUGAAUAUCGAGCCCGUCGAGGAGCAAGACCCAUGGGAGUCGCGGCGGGCGUGGAAAGGUGUGCUAGAGGGGCUGCGAGCGGGCGACAUGCGGCAAGUUGUGGCCGAGAAGACCAAGAUCGAGCAAGCACAGCGACAGAUGCGGGCCAGUGAGGCGAAACGCGGUGUUGAGUGGGAACCGCUGUUCUUUCGGUCAAGGAAUGGCGAGGACCAUGGCGUGUUCCAUCGGCUGUCAGAGGGUCUUGGCUGGCCGCUGCACCACGACAGGACCAAGGGUGUGUGGAGAGUGGAUGACGAACAGUUGAAAAACGCGCAGAUGCCGUUCCGGGGUGAUUGCACGCCUUUAGGGUACUGA